UGCAACCAUAGAACUCGAAGACACAUUUAAGAUAUAUUUGUUAGCCAGGUUGGCAUGGACCUCAAGUGGCAUGUCAGAGUAAAACGGCAUGACCGAGCAGGCUAGCCUUGAGGUCAAAGCUCCGGGAGUGGAAACUGAGCCAGAACGAACACCUGAGAGUCAGCGACAAAACUUGGAUUUGUGGCAGAAGGCGGAAUUAGCUUUGCAAGAAGAGAGAGCCAAAAAGGCCCAGAACUGCUGGCAAAAUUAUAGAGGUGUUCUUCGUUCCAACCGGGAUCAUGGGCCCCAGAACGGUCCCCAUCUCGGAGCUGGAGGCUUACCGAACCGGCAGGGCGGCUCGAGCCGCCCUGCAGUGCCCACGCGCGCGGUGCCCGCAGUGCCCACCGCUGAUGCAGCUUCAUCACGCGCCGAUGAUCUUUGGCACAAGGAAGACUUGGAGGUGCAGCGACGGCGCGCGGCGGCUCAUCGGAAAGGUGCUGGACUUCGCAUCUAUGAUAUUUCGGAUGGCAGGCACAAAGGGGGAUUGGUCAAAGGGAAGGGGCGCUCAGAUGCCGAUUCUGAUCGCCGGGUGUACCCCAGUAAGUCUGCUGACAGUUCGUGGAAAGGCACCUUGCAGAAAGAUGGCCGAUUCUGGAAAGUCUUGUUGAGCAGGCGACAAAUGGAUGACCAUCUUUUGAUGCAUUGGUGCCGAUGGGCGCAGCCUCACUUGGAUCGUUUGCCCUCCAAGGCUGUGGUAGUGAUAGUCGAUCUCUCCUUCAACCAAAUUUCACUUUGCGGCUUAAAAGCAUUGUUGCAAACACUCAAGGAUGCAGACGUUCCUGUAGAAGGCUUUAGCUUGCACCACAACUGCUUGAAUGAUGCUGCCGCAAGUGAACUGGCACAAUACAUUCAGCACUCUUCAUACACUCUGUACGAACUACAUCUCUCGCACAACCAAAUUUCUGAACUUGGGGCAAGGAGCUUAUUAGAAUCUGCAGUGAAAGCAUUGCAGAGCCCGGUUGAACUGGUCUCUGGUCGGCCAAACAUACGGUAUCCUUGCGAGCGCAAUGGUCAGCAGGUACCUCUUUGGCUACGAUUGGGCCAGAAUCGUAUUGGUGAUGGUUGUGGUUCAGCUUGGGUGCGUAGCUUUUUGCAAAGUAUGGAGCAUGAGUUGCUCGCGGCCCGCCGCAGCGUUUGCCAGAGCAUCUCUGAAGAUCCAUGGGGUCAAUAUGAUCAUCACAAUGAUGCGCAUCUCUUUUGUGAAGCUUUGCUUGCUUAUGGGUGUGACCAUGCAUCUUGUACUCAGACCUAUCCGGAGAUGCCUGGACUUCCUCCUGGUCCCGUAGUGCAUUUACCCAUGCUCGAUCAGCAGCUUUCCAGGGAGGCUCUGCGACAAGGGACCCAACAGACCCAAGGCGCCCAAGGGGCCAAAGGGGCGCAAGCUCGGGUCAAGGGCGGCCUGAAGGGCAAGGGCAAAGGUAGCUUCUCCAAGGGCAAGGGCCGGGAGACGAGGGAACGACACGAAGCAAGUGCUCCGCGGCCAUCCGUCCGACUGGAGACGGUGGAUCUAUUGGACUUGGAAUCGGAGACAUCUCAACCUGUGAAGAAAGACGGCCUGGAUGGAGGUGAGCAGAAGUCCAUGCCAGCAACAAAGGGUAUUCCAGCCACUAUAAGACAGCAGACCAUCCUGCCGGAAGGUCUUGGCCCAGAGGUCAUUCUGCAACCUGGCGACGAGGUUCGGAUCCUGUACGCAGGAUCUGAAGACUUGGGUGACGAAGGCUUCUUAUUUGCCUCUUUUCCAGGAGGUGAAGGCUGGAUCCCUGCGUCCUCUGUCGAGGAAUGACGGUACUGGCAAACUACAAUUGCCAUGCGGACGACGAGAGUUUCACACAGUCCAUUUGCAGAUGAUGAUGAGUUGAA